AUGGCAAAGUUGGAUUUCUGGGAUGCCUUGUUGGUUGGGCUAAUCUCUAUUCAUUUGGUGGUAUCACCAUUCACCAAAGUCGAAGAAUCGUUCAAUACUCAAGCAAUCUAUGAUUUUGUGAACUACGGUCUCGAUUUCUCAAAAUUCGAUCAUUUGGAAUUCCCAGGUGCUGUUUAUAGAACUUUUGUUGGGUCUGCUGUGUACGGUUACAUCACAAAGUUUUUCAAGAGUUAUCUAAUUACCAGCGAUACCCCAACCCAAUUCGAUCUUCAGUUAUUAUCUAGGGGACUAUUGGGUCUUGUGAAUGGUAUUGCCAUGAUUAUUUUACGUCAUGCCGUUAUCGACACCGUUGAAAAGGUUGGCAAUAGUAAAGAAUUCGAUAUCUCGAUCUUUGAAGUGGAUUCUGUGGUGAAAGAUGAAAACACUGGUGAAGUGAUCGCAGAAGAAGUUGAAGAAGAAGUCGAUGUGGUGGAAAAAACAAUCUCCGAACCAAAGUCUGCUAUCGGUUUAUAUUAUGCCCUUUUUCAGUAUUCUCAAUUCCAUAUUAUCUAUUACUCCUCGAGAUUUUUGCCAAACUUUAUUGCUUUACCAUUAACCAACAUUGCAUUAUCUCUCGUUAUCAAAGCAAACUAUCCGUUAGCAUUCAUGAUUUUGACUUUCACCGGUAUAGUGUUCAGAGUCGAGGUCCUUGCAUUAGCAGCUUCUUUAUUCUUUGUGAGUGUUUUAGUCUUUGGUAGAGCUCCAUUUUGGGCCUCGGUUUCCGCAUCAUUCUUUGGUGUUUCAAUUGGCGGUAUGGUUUCUUUCUGUGUUGAUUCUAAAAUCUGGAAACCAACGGUUGAUGUUUCUGCUUUCUUGAUGAACCCGGCCAUUGGAAUCAUUCCAGAAAUCUCUAGUUUCAUCUUCAAUGUUGUUGAGAAGAACGCUGAAAAGUGGGGAGUUGAACCAUUCAGCGCUUAUUUUACCACUUAUAUGCGGAAACUUUUCGUGCCACCAACCGUUGUUUCGAUGGCAUUGACUGGCAUUUAUAAUGAUCCAACCAAAAGUCUUCAUUCAAUAACCAUUCUCGGGCUUACAGCGUUGCUCCAUAUCUUGAUCAUGUCUUUCCAACCUCACAAGGAAUGGAGAUUCAUCAUCUAUGAUAUUCCAUGUAUUACUUUAGUUGGGGCUGCUGGGGUGGCAAAAUUCUCGCGUACCUCAAAGGCGUCCUUAUUCAGCAAACUUGCAGUUUUGAUCACCUUGGCUUCUUGUGCCCUUUCAUUUGUUGCUAGUGGAUUCAUGCUAUAUUCUUCCUCGAUGAACUACCCUGGCGGUGUGGCCCUCCAAGCCUUCAAUGAUUACAUCAUCGAAAGAUACGAAAGUGGUAGCUUACCACCUAAUCAAAACUUUGUGGUGCACUUGGAUGUUCUUCCAAAGAUGACGGGGGCUACCUUGUUUGGUGAAUUGCAACCAGAGUUCCUUGCCUCAAGAAAUAUCUCUAUUACUUACGAUAAGACGGAAGACGUUAGUACUUUGCUAUCUAAAUGGAGCGAAUUUGACUUUUUAAUCACUGAUAUUUAUAAUCGUGGGCCAUCAAUUUCCGUGGCAGACUUUUCAGAACGUACCGACAAUCAACUAGUCACAGUUUCUGGUGCUGAAUGGUACCAAAUUGCUACGAUUGAUGCGUUCCGUGGUAUUACACCACGCCCACUAAUCGUAGAUAAUGGCUUCAGACCUCAGGUUGCCAUUAUGAAUCUUGUGAAGGAGGUUAUUGCUAAAAAGUCUCUUUUGCCUGUGAAGACCUUUAUUGAUUCUGGAAUCUAUAAGGCUCCUGCGGUUUACAUCUAUGAAAAGCAACAGCUUAUGUGA